AUGACUGUGACACCCUGCGAGGAGGGCAAGGUGUCGCUCCCCGACGACGUCCGUGACGCGAGGUAUGCUGACGUGACAGGGGGCACGCGCGCCCGCGACUUGCUCGAUAGGUUCAUCGAGCGUAAUCGGCCGAGUCCCGGGGAGGUGGGUGAGCUCGACCAGAAAUUUGGGGCUGUUAAGCCGUGCCUGGACCGCCGCCUGGAGUCGUCGCCGAGGCUCUACAGGAGGCUGUUCAAGCCACCGCCAGGGGCGCAGCUGUGCACGGCCGAGGGGCUCGGGCGCAUCGAGCUCCAGGCGGGGGCCGACGACGUGUGCCUGGCCCAGGCGGACGUGGCUGACUGCUUCCACCGCUUGAGGAUGCGGGAGGAGCUCGCCGAGUACUUCGCGUUGCCGCCGCCGCCGGCGCGGGCUGCUGGGCUACUGGGGCGAGCGCGCGGCUGGAAGGGUUUCAGCUGGAGCCUCGUCGUGGCGCAGUGCGUGAACGAGUGCCACGCGGCGCAGGGGCCUGGGCUGGAGCUGCAACCGUCGGCGGCGGAUCGCCGUGGGCCGGCGGUGCUGGGCGCGGAGGAGCCGACGGCGCACUGCGUGUGCGUCGACAACCUGGACGUGCUGGAUGCGGAUCGCAGUCGCGGGGUUGCCGGCUGCGCGGGCGCGUGUGCGCGACCGCUUGGAAGGGGCCGCUGGUCAUGGACAGACGAGGCGUCGAGGCUCGACGCCGAGAAGCGGAAGUCGCGGCUCGCGGCGACCCGCUCCUGGCGGCUGAAUGCAGGCUUGCGCUGGCUGCUGGCAAGGCGGAAGGUCUCGACGCACCAGGUAGAGGUCUUC